AUGGCAACAACAUACCACACUGCAUCGCUAUGGCGGGUGCGCCUUGGCUCGGCGCUGAGGACAAGUUUGGCGUGUAUUAUCGUCGUCUGCUCCACCCUUUACGGGCCGGAGCCUCUCCGGCGAAUACCGGCAUUUCCAGCUUUUUCUUACGUGACAACGAUACUGAUUGUGUCUGAUGCUACACUUGGUGGCACUCUUAAGGGGUGCUGGAGUGCUUUGCUCGCCACCGUGCAAGUUAUGAGCCUUUCAAUAUUAAGCUUGCGGGUGAUCGGACCCGAGAGGUUCACCAGUGGGGUGGCGGCAGCUGUGGUGGCGGUUACCGCCUUUGUUGUUGCGUUGCCGAAGUACAGUGAUUUGAUGGCUAAGCGGAUUGCUUUCGGGCAGAUUGUGAUUGUGUAUGUGGGUACAGUUACUCAUGGGGCAACAACUGGAGUUGUGAUGCACCCAAUUCAUGUGGCAGCGAGCACUGCUCUUGGUGCCUUGGCUUCUGUUUUCGCCAUGAUAAUUCCCUGUCCCCACUUAGCUUACUAUGAGGUUAAGAAAUCAUGCAGAUUAUAUGCUGAAAAUGCUUCAGAGAGAGUCAAUCUCUUGGUCAAGGCAUUCUGUGCAAAAGAUAGCACAACAGCUCUCGACUUCAUUUCAGAAGCCAAAUCUCUCUUUAAAGCAGGCGCCAAGCUGCUUUUGAGUAUCAAAAACAAACAGGAUGCCAUGUUAUGGGAGAAGCCUCAAAUCAGAGUCUUGAAAUCCAACUGUUUAAACCCAAGAGAAAAAUUGCAAGAACUGGAAAUACCAAUUAGAGGAAUGGAACUGGCUCUGAAUUGUUGCUGUUCUUUUCCUGUUGGCAUAGUUGAUGAAGAAGUUAGACAUGUUUUGGAAGCUUCAAAAGCACAGAUUGACCUUAAACUAGAGCAAGCGAAAGGUUAUGCAUCCUUUGAUGCAACAACGGUUCCCGACAUCAAGAAUGAAUGCGCAGACAAGUCACUGUGGAGCCUCGGAGCCAUUUCAUCAACUGAAGAUGCUUUUGCUUCCUUCUUCUUUUACUGUAUAGAACUCCUCCAAAAUGGCUUUCCCAUUGCCAGAAAUUCUGAGAGCGUUGUCAGGGAUGAAAAGAAAACUACAACUGAAGAAUUGAGUGGUUCGAAAAAUCAAGAAAAAAGUAUGAAUUUACUCAAAAGAACUCUGUUAAAGUUGAGAAGCAGUGAAAGCUUCAUUUUUGCACUCAAGUGCUCUGUUUCUCUCGGUCUUGCUGUCUUCUUCGGGUUGAUCUAUAACAGAGAGAAUGGUUACUGGUCAGGACUGACGAUUGCAAUCAGUUUUGCAAGUACCCGUCAAGCGACAUUUAAAGUUGCGAAUUCUCGAGCCCAAGGAACAGCGAUGGGAUCAGUCUACGGAAUAUUGUGUUGCUUUAUGUUCCAAAAAAUUGAGAAUUUGAGGUUCCUGCCGGUGCUGCCAUGGAUCAUUUUCACUACUUUCUUGAGGCACAGUAGAAUGUAUGGGGAAGCCGGUAGUAUUUCAGCUGUUAUAGGAGCAUUAUUGAUCUUGGGUAGAAAAAAUUAUGGCUCUCCAACAGAGUUUGCGAUUACUCGAAUCACAGAGGCUACCAUUGGAUUGAUAUGUUUCAUCAUGGUUGAGCUCGUCUGUCAGCCCGCCAGGGCUGCAACUCUGGCGAGAACUCAACUUGUGCAGACCUUGGAGGCGCUUCACAAUGGCGUUAAGGACAUAAAUCUUUCUCCCAACAAAAAGAAUAUGUCAACUAAUUCUAGAGCACUGGGAGAGAAACAUAAUAAAGUGAAAUCACAUGUUCUAAAAUUAGAGAACUUCAUUGUAGAAGCGGAGUCGGAGCCUAACUUCUGGUUCUUGCCUUUUAAUGUUACUUGCUACCAGAAGCUCCUGGGAUCUUUAUCAACAAUGGCAGACCUCUUACUCUUUGUAGCUUACAAAAUUGAAUCUCUCUCGCAAGCCUCCGAGAAUUGUGGAGUUGCUUGGAACGAAAUCCGGGAACAAAUAAACGAAGAAAUUGAGAUUUUCAAAGAAAAAGUUGGGUAUUCACUGAAAUGCUUUGAGGAGGUGAUCUCAAUCAAGUCCAUCAAGAAACUUGCAGAGGAGCUGCAACAGAGAAACUCUUCUUACGACUUCGAAUUGGGAAGAUUAAUAAAUGAAGAAGAUGUUCUGGAGAUUUUAAGCUCUUUUCUUCAACAUUCAAACAAUGUUGCUUACCGAAUCAACACUGACGAAGGAGAUGAACAGCUUCAGAGCCAGACAGUUGUUUGCUUGAAUGGCCUUGGGUUCUGCAUCAGUUGCUUGGCGAGGGAAACAACUGAACUGGAGAAAGAAAUCAAAGAAUUACUAAAAUGGGAAAAUCCCACUAGGAAUAUUAAUUUGUAUGAAAUCUCUUGUAAGCUUAAUGCUCUGUACAAAAAGUAA